CGCGCUCUCUGUUGUUUUGUAGGGAUGUUAAUCGGUUAGAAUGGUUUCUGUAAGUAGAAUUUUUUUUUUGAAUCAUGUCAAUAAAUACCUUUGAUAUUUUCAUCCUCACAGUCGUGACUAAGUUUUAAAGCAAGCAGGAAUAUCUGGAGGAGUAUCAUCUGAACUGAGAUCUGCUGCUGUAAAGAUGAUGUUUGUUAAAGUGGAGAGUGAAGACAACACGAGUGAAACAGAAACCUGGAGAAUAAAACACGAAGAAACAGAAACCUGGAGAAUUAAACAGGAGGAACCAGAAACCUGGAGAAUAAAACAAGAGGAACAAGGAGAGUUUAUUGAAGAAAGUGAGGAGAACAAAGAAUUAAAUGAAGUUCAAGAGAAAAAUCAUGUCAAAACUGGAGAAAAACAUUUGAGUUGCUCUCAAACCAAACAGAAAAAUGUAAAGAAAAGAGGAGCCAAGAAAUCUUUCACCUGCACUCAGUGUGGAAAGAGAUUCACGCGCAAAUAUAAACUUGAUGUUCACUUGAGAGUUCAUACUGGAGAGAAACCAUUCACUUGUGAUCAGUGCGGGAAGCGUUUCAGACAAUCAUUAAACCUUAAGAGACACAUGAACAUCCACACUGGAGAGAAGGAGUACAAGUGUUCAUACUGUGACAAGAGAUUCGGUUGGUCAGGAAGCCUGAAGAAACACAAGUUAAUACACACUGGAGAAAAACCGUACACAUGUGAUCAGUGUGGAAAGAGUUUCAGACAAAAAGGAAACCUUGUGACACAUAUGAAAGUUCAUACAGGAGAGAAACUGUUCUUAUGUAAUCAAUGUGGAAAGAGUUUUUCACUCUUAGCAAACCUUAAGGAUCACAUGAACAUCCACACUGGAGAGAAACCUUUUAAGUGUUCACACUGUGACAAGAGAUUCCGUCUGUCAGGACACCUGAAAACACAUGAGAGGAUCCACACUGGGGAGAAACCGUACACAUGUGAUCAGUGCGGGAAGAGUUUUGCAGCAAAAGGAAGUCUUAUGGCACAUAUGAUUGUUCAUACAGGAGAGAAACUGUACACAUGUGAUCUUUGUGGAAAGAGUUUGAAAUGCAAAUCUAGCCUUGAUGGUCACAUGAGAGUUCAUACUGGAGAGAAACCAUACACAUGUGAUCAGUGCGGGAAGUGUUUCACACAAUCAGUACAUGUUAAAGAACACAUGAGCAUCCACACUGGAGAAAAACCUUACAAGUGUUCACACUGUGACAAGAGAUUCAGUCAGUCAGGAAGUCUGAAAACACAUGAGAUGAUUCAUACUGGAGAGAAACCUUACAAGUGUUCACACUGCAACCACAGAUUCACUCAUUCAGCAAAUCUGAAAACACAUGAGAGGAUCCACACCGGAGAGAAACCGUAUCACUGCACUGAAUGUGGGAAGUGUUUCAGUCAAUCAUCUUCUCUACACAGACAUACAAAAAACAUUCACAGAAAAAACAAAAUAAGUAGAUCAUCUUCUGAUGCUGCCUUUUCAUCAAACUUGAAACGGUAAUGCAUUUAAGCAGUAUCAUCUGGAUUAAUCUGUUGUCUUGUUUCAAACUGACCGUACAAAGAGGAGUUGUGGAAAAUCCUUGAGUCAUGAGUUGAACCUUUCCAACGUGCAACAAUAUUGGAGAACUGCAUAGUUGGAGUGCAUUUAUAGAAAACCAGUUUUUACGAUUUCUGAAUUCCUCAGCAUCUGCUGUAGAUGGACACUUGAUGGGAAUGUGGCAGCCAUUCUUCGGGAGAAGGAGGGACACACUGCUGAAGAUCCCUCGCCGCUGUGGUGAAUCCGCGGUGCCCUCGAGCUGGCGAGGUAUGUGCUCGAGGCGGUGGGCUGGAGCGAGUUGCCGGGGACGGUCGAGCCC